UUUCCUUCUACAUGAAGAUGCAGUAUUAUGACCUCCAGAAGGAUUUUGCUGCAAUCGUUUUGGAGCAUGGAGAAGAACACACGAAGAGGGAGCUAGCUAAAAUAAUACUCAAUAACCAUAGCACUGACAAAUCACUGGUUGAAGUUCUGAAGAGGCACUAUGUAGCUGAUCAUCUGUUGAGUGAUGAGCAUCAAGAGAAGCAACUUUUCAGGUGGCGCCAACGCCAUUUGUAUGUGGACAGCGCUUUUAUGGAGAGGUUGAAGGAGGAGCUUAUAGAAGUGGUGAAGAAGAAAGUUAUAGAAAGGGUGGAGAAGUCUAAAGCAAACAACGCCGAUGGUGAGGCCGAAUCAAGUGCAAACGUUGGAUUAUUUGAGGAGGAUCCACUGGCUUGUGUGCUUGGCACUCCAGACAGCAACAGGAAGAUGAACAUGUUGCACACAGGCACUAUCCUGACGAGACGGGAGCUUCUCAUCGAAGAAGUUACUGGCAGCAUCAUCUCCGACAUCCUGAAAACUGCCCCCAUCUCCGACAUGCUGGAAAUUGCUGCAUUAUGAUGAAGCCUUGUCGGCGUCGUGGACAAAACUACAGUUAAAACUUUCAGGUGUGCGUGCAACUUUACUUGGCAUAGUUGCAGGUUGCGUUAUGCGUGCGCGCACGCAAUUCAACAAAUGGACACGCGUUAGAUUCGGUCGAAAUUCACAGCAUGCUCUCGCAGAACCGUGGGUUCGUUUGCUGGAUAUGCUUGCUAAUGAACACAUUUCUCGUUCCCCCGAUGAGGUGUGGUCGGAUUUG